AUGCCUCAAGUCGAUGCUGAAGAAUUUCAUGCAGCGGUGUACGACAUUUGUCGUCUGAUUGUGAGCUUCAGAUGCCUUGCCCGCUUCGUGGGGGCAUACGUGCGCACAAGAGACAAAGCUGAACCUUUUUCCCCCUUCCCACUUUGCCAUCGCUGAAUUGGAUUCAUCAUGCCAGCCGCGGGGACGAGUCACUUCGUACGGCCACAUUGCCAAGCUCGCUGGACAUCCCAAUCGUAAGUCAGCAGCUAGUCUUCUGGUCCUUCCAGCAUAGAGCGCAACCAGACGCAACUGAGGCCCCUAAUUCUGAUUCACGUCUCGCUCAGAUUCGCGCAUGGUGGGAACAGCGCUGGCCCUGCUAGGUCAGGAAGCUUCUCUGGAUGCCUUGCCGGGCGAGGGUGGCGGUCACAAUGUCCCUUGGCAGAGGGUUAUAUCUUCCAGCGGACUUAUAUCUCUUCGUGGUCCUGGAGAUGUCGGAGCUUCGAGGCAAGCAGAGAGACUCAGAGCCGGUGCGUACUUUGCCGAGCGAGCAUGUAUCUCGAGAGCACGCACUCAGGAAUUUGAUCUGCAUGGCUCGUCUCGCCUCCUAGAAGGAGUAGAGGUGACACAAGCGCCAGGGAUUAGUCAGUAUAGAGUCAGCUUCUCGGAUAGCGCUGGUUACGCUUGGUGUGAGUCAAAGCUACUCCUUACCAUCUCGCCGAAGAGAAGGAUGCGCUAAGUGUCCCCUCCUUCCGCUGUGUAACGCUCCAUUCACACUACAUAUAUGCUCCCUCUCCAGUCCCUGCUUCUCUUGCGGAAGCCAGAGCUCUGGCUACGACAACGUGA